AUGUCGUUGACUUCAUCUGAUUUAGAUACUAAUUCCCAGCACGAUUCAACAGCAACACUAGCCACUACUACACUUGACAAUAUUGAAAACUUCAAACACAUGGAAGAAACAUUGCUUCAAGAUAAUCCAAUCCUAGAUCAUCAGAUCUCUGAUAAUCUCUCAAGUUGGAUAAUAUCAGUCGAAUCUACCUUUGAGCAAUUAAAAUAUAAAGGAAGAUUAUACGUUGCCUUUGUUUAUGAUUUUUUGGAUACCACUUUACAAAAUUGGUAUGAUCAAACCUUUUCUCUUUUUAAAACAAACUGGAAUGAAUUUAAAACUUGUUUAACUUCUUUUUUUAUUCAACCACCAUCACUUACGAAAAUAACUCCAUCAUUCAAAACAGUAGCAUUUUCAUCACCACAGAAUGAUCCACAAAAAGAUGACAAUGAAAAAGGACUUUGUUUACAACAACAACGAGUGGAAGAAAUUCAAAACAUUUUGAGUGCCAUCCCAGGAUUUAAGGGAGACAGCGACGAAGUUUGGUUUCAGGAUUUGCUUUACAAAUUCGCGGAACUGGAUCUAGAGCCUGAUACUUUACUUUAUUAUAUCAAAAACAAAUUAAAUGGACCACCACUUAUUUGGUAUUAUGAAAAUUUUUUCAAUUUUGUUGACUUUUCCACUUUCGUUACGUCCUUUCGUCUCAAAUACAUCGAUCCACACUCUUCUUCUUCUAUCGUACAAAAUGACACAAAAUCUUCUUCUCUAAUCAAUAUCACUGAUCAAACUUCUGAAAAUCCAACAAAUCUCUCUACAACAUCUAUUCAUUCAUUUUCUUUAAAUUCUAAAAAUCAAUCCGUUGAAAAUAUUCUUCAAAAAACAUUAAUUAAAGAUAUUAUUAAGAAUCCUAAAACGUUUUCUGGUAAAGACAAUGUAUCAAACUGGCUAGAAGCCCUAGAACAAAAAUUUACAACAGCUAAAUGGCCAGAUCAUUUACGUCUCGAAUAUAUUUCACAAUUUUUAACAAAUGAAGCUAAAUUGUGGUAUAAAGAACGCAAAAAUCAUAUUACCACGUGGUCUCAAUUUAAAGUUGAAAUCACAAACGCCUACACAUCCUCGUAUGAAGUUACUCUGGCUUUCCAGCGCUUAAAGAACUAUCAACAAACGAAUGGUCAAUUCAUCAAACAAUACUAUGCUGAUAUCAUCAAAUUGUGCAAGGAUGUUGACCCUCAGAUGUCUGAACAAACCAAACUUCAAAAUCUUAUCGCAAAUUUAAAACCAUCAAUUAAAAUUAACAUAAUUGAAAAAGAUCCAAAAACAACAUCUGAUAUAUUUUUUAAAAUAUGCCAAAAUCACUGA